GAUUUAAUGCAAAUUCAAAUCAAUCAACAGUGGACCUAAACAAGGUGCAGCAGCUGUAAAUCCGUUAGGAAAAAAGUAGUUAGCAGCUGCAAGAAGCGCAUGGUCAACUUGGGACUCGAAUCGGUCACGCGCUAUAUUGUUCAGAGUUGCUCUGCUCCUGGUAGUAAGUUAGCAUUCGUUUUGCACUUCGAACAAAGUAAACCGUAGUAACGCUCCGCACAAUCCACAUGAAAACCAAAACGGUUAAGGGAAAUUGGAAAUGGAAUUGGAAGACGAACAGGCUCGGCUUGCCUUUCGUCUUCCUUAUAUGCAUCUUCUUCUUUCUCGCUGGAUUCUUUGCUUCCAGUCUUUUCUCUCACUAUCAGGAACGUGAAGAUGACCUCAGGCUGAUGCCGAGAGCGAGAACAAGGUUAACUGAAAAAUCGACGGAGGAGGAGACUGGGUAUCAUUUGUUGCAAGCUGGAGAGUCCGGAGAUGAUUCCAUUACAUCGAUUCCUUUUCAGGUUUUGAGUUGGUACCCUCGCGCUCUGUAUUUUCCUAAUUUUGCGAGUGCACAACAAUGUGAAAGCAUAGUUAAAAAGGCAAAAGUAGGACUCAAGCCAUCAUCAUUAGCGUUACGUAAGGGAGAAACGGAGGAGAAUACAAAGGGAAUCAGAACAAGCUAUGGUGUUUUUAUGAGUGCUUCCGAGGAUGAAACGGAGACUUUAUAUGCCGUUGAGGAGAAAAUUGCCAGAGCAACAAAAAUUCCUAGAUCUCAUGGAGAGGCAUUUAAUAUCCUACGCUAUGAGGUUGGACAGAAAUACAAUUCUCAUUAUGAUGCAUUUGAUUAUGCUGAAUAUGGCCCACAAAAGAGCCGACGGGUAGCUUCUUUUUUGCUGUAUUUGACUGAUGUUCCAGAAGGUGGGGAGACCAUGUUUCCGUUUGAGAACGGAUUCAACAUGGACGGUAACUAUAAUUUCGAGGACUGUAUUGGUUUAAAAGUAAAGCCACGCAAAGGAGAUGGGCUUCUAUUUUAUUCACUAUUACCUAAUGGUACAAUAGAUCAGACAUCACUCCACGGAAGCUGUCCCGUCAUAAAAGGAGAGAAGUGGGUGGCAACAAAGUGGAUAAGGGAUCAAAUACAAGACGAUUAAAUGAAUGUUACCUGCAAUUGAUUCUCAAGCUCCACUGGUAGCAAUAUUUACGUCAACAGCCAUUUAGAUUUUGUUCUAAAAUAUGUUUAUAGCUUUGAUGACUAAUCGAGGACAAAAUUUAAUGAGAAUUGUGAAGAUUUGGACAAUGCA